AGUGCGGGUGGAUGUGAUGGGCAAGCAGGCAGUCGUUCUGGGCCAAUGCGGAGGCGCGAGCAAGCGCCGGACCCCGCGAGCAGGUCAGCGCUCGCCGCCAAUCUGCGGCCAUCACGGCGCAUCACAUCCACGGCUUGCCUGCAGCUCCCUGCUACUAGCCGCCAAUGAACGGGCAUCCUGGCAGCGGCAGGAGUUGCUGCACUGGCCGUCACAAUCACCGUCACACCUCCCUCAGAGACAACCCGCCUUCGCUGCUUCUGAGAGGCCCUCGAAGCGCCCGGCCUACUGCUCCUCAUUGCACUCGUUGGAUCUUCCUCACCCCAUCCAAGAGGCAAGCAUGUCUGCCAAUCCGGCACGGAACGGUGCCUCCCCUCCUCGGCCGUCUGCUUUAUCAAUCCACCAUGGCACCGAUCCUGCCGUUUAACCGACGAUCUAUCUAGGUUGGGACUGAUUCACCUUCACAUUUCUACCCUCGCUUUCCCCAUCGAGUCUCUCCUGGCUGUGCUCCCUCUCUGCCUCUUGCUGCGCGGUGCUCUCGGCGCGGGCUCUGUCGACCGCACUGUCCCCAGCUUACCCUCGUUUGGCCGUAAGAUAAAACGGUAGCUUUGGCGAGGUUAUCGUGCCGUCUCCGACGCUCGAUUUAAACCCAAGCAAAUACCAAGAUGCUCGGCUCUUGGGGUCUAAGCCCCAGAUCUACAUCGAGAUGGGCAGCGGCAGCCGCUGCGGCGUCGUUUCUGCUCGUCAGCCAGGUCGCGCCCCCGGCGACUGCGUUGUACGUGAGCGAAGGUUCCCCAUGCUGGGACGUCUGUAACGACCCCACCAACACCACCACUUCGGAAAUUGUCUGCAUGGACUCGGCCUACAACGACACCACGACUGGCAAGAACUUCAAGGAUUGCGUCUCGUGUGCGCUCAACAGCACCUACACUGAUCCGAGUGGAUUGGUGACGGACGUGGACUGGGGAUUGUACAACCUCCGCUAUGCGUUCAGUGCCUGUGUCUACGGUUACCCGGCUAGCGUCGACAGCGUCUCGACGCCAUGCUUGGUGUCUUGUCAAGGACUGAGCAGCUCGCUCGAGUUCGAAUUGCUUAAUCCGAACGAUAUCAAUCUUCGCGCCUGGUGCUCCACCUCCACAUUUGCCGAUAAUCAGAUCGAGACCUGCGAGUUCUGCUAUAAUUUGACCGGCACACAAGUGCUCAUGGCCAAUUUCAUCGAAGCCCUCCGCUAUGACUGCCACUUCCCCGUUCCAUCUCAAACGGCCUUCCCGAUCAGCCCGUCCUUAAUCUUCGCCCAGGAACAAUUACCUACCUACACCAGCGACCUGCUGGACACGCCCAGCGGCGGUGGGGUGAACUACAAAUUGGCGACACUGAUCGGCCUGCCGCUCAUGGGGUUCGUUAUUCUCCUCUUCAUCUUGACUAUCGGCUGUGUGCUCGGGAUCAGCUGGUGGCAUCGUCAAGAGCGCGAAGAAGAAGAGUUGCGCCAGUGGAAGGCCAUGGCGGCGGAGAAUCCGUGGAGCGAGUACCCGCCGCCGGAGAUGUACUCGCAGCCGCAGCAGAUCACGCAGUACGGCUCCGGGUUCCAAGUUGUGGAUACUGAUGGCCGAACUCAUGAGGUCGGGUACUCCAAGAAGGUGAUGAUGAGUGUGUCGGAAGAUAAGGGGAAGAGUCCGUCGCAGGAGUAUCCGGGGGAGUUGAAGCUGUAAUGUAGCAUCACAAGCGACUGUGAUGGUGGAUAAGCCGAAUUCGUUGAGGAAGAGAAAGUGGGAGGGAAAUGGUGGAUAUGAAUCAUGUCUUUGUUGUCGUUGUUCCUGCUGUUAUUGAUUUGUUUUCAUGUGCAUAAUGAGGCAUAUACCCCCGCAUUGCUGGUGCACAUAAUAUCUCGAGUAUGAGAAUGAAUGAGAGUAUGAGAAUAAGUAAUGAGCGAAGCAGAUACCAGAGAUCCAUGAAUCCAACAAGUAAGUUUAUAGUAGAAACCAGAAUUAGAGUAUAACUUAUACUCAAGAAAGACAAAUAAACCGAAGUUAAAGAAAAAGAAAGAAAAGAAAAAAAG